AUGUCGAGUCUGAACAAGCUAGCAAUUCGGGGCAUUCGGUCGUUCGACGACAAGCAAAUAUCUGUCAUCGAGUUCUUCUCGCCAGUGACUGUCAUUGUCGGCCACAAUGGCAGUGGAAAGACGACCAUCAUCGAGUGUCUCAAGUACGCCACGACUGGCGACCAGCCCCCUAACACACGCGGCGGCGCCUUCGUGCAUGACCCCAAAAUGGCCAACGAGAAGGAGGUAAAGGCUCAGGUGAAACUGAGAUUUCACGCCGCAAAUGGGAACAGGAUGCUCGUAGUCCGCAACUUGUCAGUAACAGCAAAGAAGACAGGGUUAACUAUGAAGACUUUGGAAAGCAUCCUUGCACUUGCAGACAGCAACGUUGAGAAAGGAGGAAAGAGAGGGGCUAUUUCGACCAAGUGCGCAGAGAUAGACACAGAAAUCCCUCACCUCCUGGGCGUAUCCAAGUCUGUCUUGGAGAACGUUAUUUUCUGUCAUCAGGAGGAUUCUUACUGGCCUCUAGCCGAACCCUCAAUUCUCAAGAAAAAAUUCGACGACAUAUUUGAAGCCACGAGAUACACCAAAGCCCUCGAAUCCAUCAAAUUGCUCCGCAAGGACCGCAUAGCCGACCUAAAGGCUGAGAAAGAACGACUAGAGUCUUUAGCAAAGGAAAAGGCCCAUGCCGACAAACUUCGUGCCCGAAUAACCGAUCUCAACUCCGCGAGUACUGAGCAACUCGUCAAGAACAAUGCUCGAUUCUAUGAGUCCGCAACUAAGUUCAGGGAAAUGUAUGUUAAGGUCGAGAACCUGCAGCAGAAAAAGGAGCACUACCAACAAGAGCUCGCGGAUAUGAGGGAAACGGUGCAGGAGAUGGAAGGUUCCGAUGACCAACUCCAGAAUCGCUUGCACAACUUCGACGAGAACAUUGCUCAGCUGAAACAAAAGCGAAGACGUCAUGAAGGGGAACGUCAGGACUUCGAGGACGAGCUUGCCAAGACACGGAGAAUGCAUGUUGAGCUUGUAAAUGAACAAGGAGAGCUUGCUGCUGAAGCUAAGGCUCAUGAACGUCGCAUUACAGAACGCGAAGAACUCAUUCGUGAUAUCAGCGACAAGUACAAUAUCAAGGGUUACAGUCAUUCCCCUCUGGAGCGCGAGAAAGUCAACGAAUUUAUUUCACGACUUACUGAUCUGCAGCGGCGUCAACGUGCAGACUACGAGAAGUUUCAGGCCGAGGCCCACAGUCGAGGACAGUUGCAUACUGAAGUAGAGAGUCUGAAGCUACAACAGAGCAAUGCCCGCGACCAGAUUAAAGAGCGCCAAGCGUCAAUUGCUAUGGCAGAAUCCUCACUGGUAACAAUGCAAGGCCUCGCGUCUGAGUUGCGUACCCUCGUCGGGGAUAUUGGAGAGAAGAAAAGUCGGCUUGAGAAGAUCAAGGGCGAGAUUAAGUCUGCCAACUUCGAUGAACGACUCAGUGAGCGUGUUUCCAAGGCGCGUACUAUGGAAGACAAACGGGAUUCCUUGAACGCGGAGCUGCGCAGUCUGAGCCUGCAGGCGGACUCGCGCGCAAGGUUGGACCUGAAGCGGGCUGAGAUGAAGAGCAAGAAGUCAGAGAUUAAGAAUAUCCUCGAGACGAGCAACCCCAAGUUCCGGAAGCUUGUUGGGACGGACGUUCGAGCGGAGACCAUGGAACGCGAGCUGGACCGGCUCUCUAGAGAGAAGGAUCAGGAGCUUGCAGAGGCAGAGGCAGAGUUGUCUUCUGCCAACAAGGCUCUCCAAAGCUCGGAAACAACACUUUCUCAGGCGAAGGCGCAGCUCAAAAACAAGCACAAAGAGGUUAGAGAAUUUGAGCGGCGCAUUAAGGAAGCCACGGAGUACAACUUCGGAGACGCACCCCUGUUGGAUGCGAUCAAGGAGGCCGAGCGUAUAAUUGCUGAGAAGAAGGAGGAGGCAAGCUUGAGUGCUGGCAUGACUCGAGUAUACGAGAAUCUCUUGAACAUUGGAAGGGUCAGGAAGAGAUGUGCUACCUGUGACCGGCACAUGGAUGCCAAAGAAAUGGCCGUAUUUGAGAAAUACCUCCAAGAACAAAUACGGAAAACUAAGGAGGCUCCGAAGGCCGACAAGGACGAGUCGUCUACCGUGGACGCAUGGGAGACCGAAUUGGUGAAUCUUCGUGACGCGUUGCCUGCUCAAGCAUCAAAAGACCGCAUCCUGAGCUCGGAAAUUCCCGCACUGGAGCAAGAUAUUAAGGCUACAGAGGCUGAGAUCCAGCCUCUAAGCGAUGAUGCGGAGAAGGCUGCCCAAAACGUGGAAAAUAUUAAGAAGGAAAUCAGAGCUAUUGUUGUGCUGAAACAGCAGGCAGCCACCGUCUCGCGCAACCUGAGCGACAUCGACCGGCUCGAAACUGAGACCGCUAAUCUUGAGGAGGAACUAAGGUCUACCGGCAGCGCCAAGACAGCAGAUGACGUGCAAAUGGAACUGGACAAUUUGUCCAGUGAGAUUCGAACAAACGAACGUGAGAGGCAAGCAAUUAUGACGGAGCGUGACCGCUUGAAUUCCUCGUUACGCACCUGCGAGGGCGAGUUGCACAUAAUGGAGAAGAAGGAGAACACCCUCUCCAACCAGAUUCGUGAGAAGGAUCUUACAGAGGAGCGCGUUGACGAAUUGGAUAGCAAACACGCUGAGGCACAAGCUCCUAUAAACCACCUCGAACAAGAACAUCAGCAGGUACAAAACGAGCUUAACGUCAGAGUAGCAGAAGUACAAAGGGCAUCGCAAGAACUGAACAUGAGCGUCGACAAGCUUGACGGUAUUAACAGAGCUGUCGACCGAUACAUCCGCGAGAAGCGCGGACUGCUCUUGACAGAUUGUGCUGAGAAGAUUGAGCGUUACGAGAGCGAAAUCCAAGAAAUUAGCAUCAAGGUCGAGAACAUACGAGAGAACAUAGCAAAGAUCGACAAAGAAAUCAGCGAGAGCGGAAGUUCUAUCUCUAACCUACGGGCCAACCUUCGCAUUCGAAAACUCGUCACGGAUAUCGCAGCGACACAGGCAGAGAUUGACUCUUACGACAUGGAGUCUGCGGCGAAGGCGAAGCGAACAUUUGAAGACCGGUACCAGGCCGAGAAACAGAAGGAGACAGACAUGCAGAGCAAGUACGCUCAUCUUGGAGGCGAAAUUAGUUCGCUUAAUGAAACUUUGAAACAAGUUGAAAAGGAUCUGCGGGAAUACAAGGAUACCAACAGAAGGUACACGGAUCAACUUGUGAAAGUCAAGAUGUCAGAUAUGGCCAACAAUGACCUUGAGAAGUAUGCGAAGGCCCUGGAUAACGCAAUCAUGAAGUACCACAGUUUGAAGAUGGAAGAAGUCAAUGACACGAUGCGUCACCUGUGGAAUAAAACGUACCAAGGGACUGAUAUCGACGGAAUUAAGAUACGUUCAGACGUGGAAGGCGGGGCGUCAAAGCGGUCAUAUAAUUACAGGGUCGUCAUGACGAAGGAUCAGGUGGAAAUGGACAUGAGAGGACGCUGUUCGGCCGGUCAGAAGAUGCUUGCUUCGAUAAUCAUCCGUCUCGCGCUGUCGGAUUCGUUCGGGCAAAAUUGUGGUAUCCUGGCGCUGGACGAACCCACGAACGCAUUGGACGUGGAAAAUAUCGAUGCCCUGGCAGAGAGUCUGGUCGACAUCAUCAACGAGCGGAAAAACCAUUCAAACUUCCAGCUUAUUAUUAUCACGCACGACGAAAAUUUCCUUCGGAAGCUUGGUCAAAGCGAUGUGAUGGAAUAUUAUUGGCGAGUAUCACGAGACUCCAGACAGAAGUCGGUGAUCGAGCGCCAGCGAUUCCGGUGAACGAUGUGGGUGGGUGGGCUUCGUUACUGCGUAUGGACUCAUUGUACAUUACUGCACUACCAUAACACCGACCGGUUUGAUCAGGUCCGAUGUGCUAAUAGUAGAGUCUCCCUUGUUUUGGUCUGCGGGCACCAUGAGUCGGUUAGACGCCUGAGGCCUCCUGAUAAGCAAUGACGCCUUCGCCAUCACUCCAGACCGCUGCGUCGUACCCAGGUCCGGACUAUUUACGUGAUCGGCGUCCCAGGUGGAAUUCCUUGCGUUCAUUAAAGUCCUCGCUCGGAGUGUCCUUAUCGCCCUUAUAACCCCCCCCCCC